ACACUGUCAAAGCACACAAAAAUAUGCCACUGAGUUGUACUCACGGCUUCCGCUUUUUCUGUGCCCGACUGCUAUAACUGCCACAGGGAAACAGGUUUGAAAGGAGAAGGCAUGAAUGUCACAGCCAUUGAAAAUUUUGUCUGUGUGAUAUAUAAUAUUUCCUUCAUGAACUGCACUUGGCAUGUGGACAGGAAUGCUUCAGGAGAUGCUCAGUAUUUCUUGUACUGGAAGACCUCAAGGAAUGAAGAUUUCGUCAGAUGCCAGAAUUACAUCACAGAUAAUUGUGGAAGACACACAGGAUGUAUAUUCCAAAAUGUGACAAUAAAAGAGAAUAGGAAAGCUUAUUUCCUGGUGAAUGAGUCUAGAAAUGGACAAAAUAUUUUGCCCUACAGAGCGACAAUUUAUCUGUAUGAAAUUGAGAAGCUCACCCCUCCAUUAAAUGUCACUGUGAACUGUACAGGAGUUUCUCACAGUUGUGAAAUUCAAUGGCAACGACCUCAUACAAGUCAUGUGGACAGAGACAUUUGUUUCAAAUAUGAAAUUAUCAUAGAAAAGAAGGCUGAUCCUGAGGAAAGAAUCAAAAACACAUCUAAAACGGAAAGAAUCAUCACAGGAAAUUCCUAUAUAUUUGACAGCUUCAAUGCAAAUGAAAGGUACAGCGUCAAAAUCAGAGCUACUAACAAUGACUGCUUAGUGAGUGAAAACUGGGGGGAGUGGAGUACACCAGUAGAGUUUGGAAGAGAACAACUGACAUCUAUUUCAUCAUACACAUUACUUCUGAUAUCAGCAAUAGCAGCAAGUCUCGUACUUUUCUUCUGCAUCAUAACCAUUUAUUUAAAAACAGUACCUGCUAUUGUACUACAGCCAAAAGACCUAUUCCACGAUAUCUCUCCAGUGAAUUUCCAGACAGAGAAUCAAUUCAUAAAGCAUGAAACUGAAGAAAUAAUAACAAUUAUUGAAGAAGCAUAAUGGCAUGCAAAAGAAGAGAACUUUCUUUUUUCAUGCAAAUGAUUAUAUAUGUACUUGUUGGCAUUAAUUUACAGGUUUUUUAUAUUCUCCCUCUUGUAAGCAGAUGUAACAGCAUUGCCUGAUCAGGCCAGUCUUCUAUAAUCUAUCAUUAAAAAAACUUUGUGUUAUUUGCUUGGAAAUAAUAUAUAAUUUCUGUAAGUAUUUUGAGUUAUAUACUCCAACUAGUGGAAUACUCUAACUAGUAAGGAGAUGUCAAACAGAAUCAUUAAUAUGGAUUUUAAUCAUACAUUGCACUUCAACAGAUGAAUCAUUUAGACUGGGAAAACCACGAGUUAGAUGUCAUGUAUUGCCCAGUGCCAUGCCUACGUUCCAUCUCUUAUCUCCCCCAUGCUUGUAUACCUCAUUGCCAUAUCCUGUGUAUCCCUUCCUGAAGACUUUGGCAGUCAUCCAAGCUUAUACUGCAAUGGUACCUUGAUAAUAGCACACAAAGGUAAAUGUAAACCCAAAAAGCUACAGAUAUUUGCUCAAUGAUCUGUUAUUAGUAAUGGAAAUAGCAUAUUACUGAGCUACAGGGUUACAAGAGCUGAGCUACUUACAUUUCUGUUAUAAGUGAUCUAUUUUUUCUCAUGUCAGCGUUACCUAAGUCUCCCUCAAGAAUAAAUACUGAAGAACUCCUAUGCCUACUAAGCAAUUCUGUUCAAUCCUGUUCCUGACUGGCUUUUCCAAUGCCUUAUUUGAAAUUUCUAAAACAACUACUUCUGAAAUGAAUUUGAUAUGAAGAAGAAAAAAAAAAACAAAACAAAACAAAAAAACAAGCAAGCAUGCAAACAAACAAAAACACAACCAUAAAAUGAACCCUGGCACACUGGAAUGUCUCAAAUGACUUGCAUGUUCAAAUUGCAUCCUUGUAAAACAGGAGAGGUGCUGAUGAGAGAAAGAAAAAAAUAUGCCAGAUUCUAAAAAAUGCUCAAUAUGGAUACAUUUAACUGAAGAAGCAUGAGUUUCUUUUCAUCGAACUGGAGCUUCCAAUGAGAAUUUCACUUCUGCCCAGAGUAUAACCCUGGCUGGAGAGAAACGUGCCUGGAGUAAUGCCGUAAUGUAAACCAAGUCCAUCCGACAGGCACCAAGGCAUCUUCUGCAACAUAGGAAAUCCCCAGUGUCAGAAGGAAGCAAUCGGGGCCACAGGUCACGGAGAUCUGAGUUCAUGAGUUAUGAGAGGAUGGCUCUGGCAUAAAAGAAUUUGUGUAGGGCAAAGGUAGCAGAUGCCAAGAACUGUUAGAGAGGUUACUUGAGACUCAAAGGGAGGAACUGUAGUCUGUGUCAUGACAUCCAAACCACAGGAAGAGGACAAAGGAUAUAUGGAAGAUAAAUCUAGGCUGCUGGCAGGCAAGCUAAGCAAUACGCUCAUGACAUCUCACAUAUAUAUUAUGCUAUUUGCCAUCCCCUUUUUUCUUAGGAUCUUAAAGUCCACCACAUUGCGGUCCUUGCAGUCAGGAUUGCCAAUGACUGUCAUAUCCUUGACCAACUCUUCUUUGAUGAGUUACAAAUCCAACUGAGUACCUUCUGCAUUUGGUCUGUCCAGCAUCUGUGGAUAUGAUUCCUGAUGAUCUAAUUCUCCGUACCCUGCCAUGUUGCCCUUCCAGCAGAUUUCAGGAUGGUUAAAGUCAUUUCAGGCAGCUGAAAUCCCAUCUUAAUAGACAAAAUUCAGUGAUAGUGAUAGUGAUAAACAUCUGCUAGCCCACAUGAUCAAGAUGUUUCCUUUGAAGCCAGAUUUUUUUGAUUCCAUGUUUAUAAAUAAGUUUUUAUGGACAAUUUCUUUUGGAUAACUUUAGAAAUAGAAGUUGAAAAGGAGCCUAGUCUUUAAAUUAUAAUGUAUUAACAGUAAGAACUUCUGCAUCACAAAUGUCCAGCUAAAACCAAAACUUACCAUGGAAGUCAAAACACAUAAGGUCUACUGGAUCCUUUCUGUUCUGUUUCACAAUCAUGACUGUUAGUGAACUAUUUACACUCUCUUGGCUUUCACUAUGGAAGCUGUUGAGGCUGCAAAGCCCCUUCAGAAACCUGAAAUUCACUUCUAAUCUCCUGAUGAGAACAACAGAAGUCCUAUUCAUGAGAUAGAGGAGGUAGGAGUAGUUGGGAUUACAGCAUCUCUUUCCUGUUCUUGGGCAAAGACCCAAAGUAAUGAUCACUGGAAAAGGGUAGUCAGGAUAUGUAACCUUCCAACUAUCUGAUUCAGAUGUUCACACAGACAGAAGUCUUGUAUUCUGGUCCCCUCUUGCUAUUCCUUUGUUCUGUGGAAAACAUCAUUUUCUGAAAAAAAAGGAAGUAGUGCAAGUACCAAGAAGAAUGUUGCAAUAUAUACAAGAACCAUAUAUUGCCAUAAAAAAUGUUUAGACAGCUCUUGUGAGCACUCCUAUUGCUGUUGGAUGAAUAAAAUAUUCUUCAAGCUUUAGGACUUUCUAGGAAAGUUGUGUUAAUUCUGAUCUGGCAGUGGCAGGAUCAUCAUGGAACUCAAAAAACUGAGAAGCUGAAUACAUUCUCACUACCUCUGUAAUUCUGAAAAGAGCCUAUUUUUCACCUGCUGGGUUACAGUAAGGCCACUCCACACAGGUUUCUUGGACUUCAAGGCUUUGAUAAUAUCAUCAACAUGCAACAGUUUUGCUUAGUGAUUUUUUAUUUUUAAAUUUGUUUAUAUUUUUAAAAAUCUCAGGAAGGAUUUGCCCUAAAUACAGACAAGCAAAGAAAUCCCCUGGGUAACAGAGCUUCUUUGUGGUGGUAACAGUACUGUCCUUGUGGGUUGUUUGGCUUGUUCUCCUACAAUACAUUCUAGUUAAAAAAAAAAAAAAAAAAAAAAAAAGAGUGUUCGCACCCCAAAACCUCAAAACCCCUACUUCCUCAAUGUGUUGCUUAGAUGCAUCAUCUCAGAAAGUACCAAAGAGUGCUGCUCUUCUACUAUUUGCUAUAAGCCUGGGAGCUCUUCAGAGUGGGAACAUAAGGCUCAAGUAACCAUGAAGUAGUGUUGCACUGGAGAGAAGGAACCCAGCGCUGCAUGGAUCAGUUUCUCUUUGUUCACUCAUUCUAACACAUUAAUUGGGAGGACUCUAAAUCUGGAAGUUGACAGCACUUCCCAGAACCAAAUUUAGGCACACAGAAAAUGCAAUUGUCCAGCAUCCCACCGCAUCUGCACCAGCGUGAUGAGCAGCUGAGUCACAUACAGGCACUGCAUAGCCAUCCAGCCACAGCCAUAUAUGGGCUUGUGCUCCGACUGCUUCUCCCAGGAAAUGUCUGUAGGCGUGUGGAAAUACAGCCCCCUCAGAGCAUCAGCUGACCUUAAACACCAUCCUUAAAGUGGUGCAGGAUCAACAAAUGCAACUUUGGUGGAAUUGAUUCCAGCCUUCUUCCUUUCCACCUAUCUCUGGGCUCACCUCAGCACCUUUCCUUCUCUUCUGCAGUGUGAGGUGCCAGAGUGGGAGCAGAGCUCCUGCUUUGGAGAUAUCAGCUGCAGGAAUGGGGUGGGAGACUGCUUAACAAUCUGGGAACUAUGCUACUGGAAGAGGGAGACAAAAGAUCUCUCUCAAAAAGAAAGGAGAGAGAGAGGCAGAUGCACAGAAACUGUCUUCCUUCAAUUUUCUAAACUCCAUUAGAUUCUCUCUGGCAUUUGUUAUGGCUCUAAUUUUAUCGCUUUCCAUUCUCCUUAAAAUAUCACCCUAGGGCCACCAGCCCCUGCCACAGCGAGACUGCAUAGUGGCCAAGCUCCAGCUCAAUACAGCCCUGCCCAACCCUGACAUGGCCCCUGCUCAGCUGGGCCCACCAUUGUGAGCGCCCCCACAUCCCCAGCUGCCUGCUCCUGGUAGUGCUCUUGGAUGACACCUGGCCUUGAGGGCCUGUCCUCAAGCACCAGGGGCAGCAUGCUUGGCCCAUGGAAGGAUAUGCUUUUUAUUGAGUCACGCUUUGUACAACUAAUAACUAUUUACAGACAGAGAUAAAUAUCUCUGAGAGGAAAUGUUUUUACAUAUUUAUUGGAUUCCGAAGUAUUACCGGAUUCUAUACAACAAAAAAGAAAAUUUAACAGCUAACUACUUGUUCAUAUUGCAUGAAAUGUGGGUUUUAAAAUUGCUAAGACUCUUGAUUUUGUAACAAUCAGAAGGGAAGUGAUGAGCAUCACAUCUUGCAACACUUCCGAUAAUAUGAGUGUUCCCUAAAAUGUAGAAGACAAGGAGGCAGCCCUAUUUGUAGCUGUAUAACCAUUGCAAUUGCGAGUCUUUCCAUUUUCUCUGAGCCUCAAGACUAUGAUACAAAGAUAAAUGAGACAAAGAAGUUUUCAAAUACAAGG